AUGUCUUCCCAAAACCACACUCUAGUGACAGAAUUCAUUCUCUUAGGACUCACAGUUGACCCAGUACUAGAGAAGAUCCUGUUUGGGGUGUUUCUGAUGAUAUAUCUAAUCACUCUGGCAGGGAAUAUGAGCAUGAUCGUGCUGAUCAGGGCCAAUUCCCACCUUCAAACUCCCAUGUAUUUCUUCCUUAGCCACCUCUCCUUUGUAGACAUUUGCUAUUCCUCCAACAUUACUCCAAAUAUGCUGUACAAUUUCCUCUCAGACCAGAAGACCAUCUCCUAUGCUGGAUGCUUCUCACAGUGUUUUCUCUUCAUCUCUCUGGUGAUCACUGAGUUUUACAUCCUGGCUUCCAUGGCAUUGGAUCGCUAUGUAGCCAUUUGCAGCCCUUUACAUUACAGUACCAGAAUGUCCAAGGACAUUUGUAUCUCUCUAGUCAUGGUCCCUUAUGCUUUUGGUUUUCUUAAUGGACUUUCUCAGACACUGCUGACUUUUCACUUGUCCUUCUGCAGCUCUCUUGAGAUCAAUCAUUUCUACUGUGCAGAUCCUCCUCUUAUAAUGUUGGCCUGCUCUGACACCUACGUCAAAACAAUGGCAAUGCUGAUAGUUGCUGGGUUUACUCUCUCCAGCUCUCUCUUCAUCAUUCUUCUUUCCUACCUCUUCAUUCUUACAGCCAUCCUGAAGAUCCAUUCUGCCGAAGGCAGGCAUAAAGCCUUCUCUACUUGUGCUUCCCACCUGACAACAGUCACUAUAUUUUAUGGAACCCUUUUCUGCAUGUACGUAAGGACUCCAUCGGAAAGGUCUGUAGAGGAGUCCAAAAUAAUUGCAGUCUUUUAUACUUUUUUGAGUCCAAUGCUGAACCCAUUGAUCUACAGUCUAAGGAAUAAAGAUGUGAUCCAUGCCAUAAAGCAAAUGACUAGAGAAAAUCUCUUCCAUAAAAAUGAAAUUUAG